AUGAAGAACGCCGCUCUGCUGGUGCUCUUCACAGCAACUGCCGUGCGUGCUCAGGCCGCUGCCUGUCCACCGUGCGCCGCCCAGAUUGCCCUGGUGCCUGUGUGUGCCACUGACUGCAUCGAAUCUGCAGCCGUCACCAACGUCGGCUGCGUCAACGGGGACUACGCCUGCCAGUGCGCCUCCUCCUCUGCCAUCCAGAACGCCGCGCUCAACUGUGUCGUCAGUGGCUGUGGCAUCGCUACCGGUCUGGCCGUUAUCAGCUCCGUGUCAAACAUUUCUGCCGUACCUGCGUGUGCCACCGGCUGUAUAUCGUCUGCCGCCGUCACCAAUGUUGGAUGUGUUGAUGGCGACUAUGCUUGUCAGUGUGUCUCUUCGUCCGCCAUCCAAAACGCCGCUCUGAACUGUGUGGUUAGCGGCUGCGGCAUCGCCACCGGAAUGGCCGUCAUCAACUCUGUCUCCAACCUCGGUCUCAGAUGUCUGUACUUGUGUGACGACAAGCGGCUGUGGUGCUUCCACUUCAACUCCAUCCACCGCUCCUCCGGCAUCCUCUUCUCAGCCUCCAGUAUCUUCUUCAGCUACACCCUAUUCUACAUGGACCUCCAGCUCAUCUCCACCCUCUUCUAUCCCUCAUUCCAUCCCUUCUUCUCCCUCGGCUACCCACUCAUCUGUUAUUACCACUCCCUCUUCGACAACUCCGUCAACUACCACGCCGCUGCCUUCCUCGUCUUCACCAGUGACAACACCACCUCCGGUGUGCUCACCUUGCGCAGCGCAAAUCAGUGCCGUCCCGUCCUGUGCCAGCAGCUGUAUCGAGUCUGCCGCCGUAACCAAUGCUGGCUGCGCUGA